AUGGAAAAGGACGUUGCAACUCUAGAGAACAACUCCAGAGUAAAGACAAGGGAGAACAGAUACAUGAGCAUCAGGGAGGACCAUACUUUUCUGACUCAAAACCUGCAAAUUCCUCGGAAAAGAACCACAAAAGGGAUCAAAGUUAGUUCAAUAGAGAUAAUUCAUGAUGAAAAUGAUAAAAAAAACGAGGACCUAGCUUUAUUCGAUUCACCUCCUAAAGACCCACCUGAGGACGAUAAGGCCGAUGCCCAGGCUGAGGCUGAAUUUGAGAAGCUAUUAUCUCACAGAAAGUGGCUCCACUCUAGGAAGAGGAUUAAGCAUAAUAAAGCUAAUAUCAGGCUAUGCCAAAAACCGCCAGGAACUUCAAGAGAUGGGACUAAAGCAAAAGAUUUUAUGAAAGAAUUGAGAAUCAACCAAUAUGGCCAAUAUAUCCAAGAGAAAUUAGGCCUUUUCAAGAAGCCGACUAAGCUAGAGCUCAUGCUGCAUAAUUAUAAGAGAGGGUAUUAUAGUCAAGAUCAGCAGGAAAAUGAUAUUCUGAAUUCUUCAGAAUCAUUAGCUAAAAUCACUAAAUAAUCACCAAAAGCAAAGUAUGAGCAUAGAAUGUCCUCAGAGGCUCGCAAAGGCUUCUCUGGUCAAGCCGGUCCAACUAUCGAGUAGGCCUCAUCAUCAGAGAAGUGUUGGCAAACCCACUGACUUUUCAGAGAGGUUCCUCUCUAGAGAUAAGAGGUCUUCCUAUGACUUUGACGAGAAAGACUCGGUCGUAUCGAAGAAGUACAAGAAAACAUCCAAGGAAGCCAUACUGAAGAGAAGUCUUGUAGCAUACUCUGCUGAUAAAUAGACCCAGGCUUAGGCUGUUUAAGAACCAGAGGAAUAUGGCAAGCACUGCUGCUGAAAGUAUCAGGGAGAGAAAACACUUCAAGGAUCCCUCAAUCAUUGCUGGCGAUGAACUCAGCUCUAGCAGGGUUGAGCAUAAAUUAGAAAAGAAGAAAAGCGAUUUCUUGACUGCAAAUGAAGGCAAACACACAGUCAGAGAUUUCUCAGUUAAUAAUAAAAUUAAGCCUGAUUGUAUCGAAACUCGCUCGAUCCAGGAUCUAUGAAAGAUGUUGCACUUCUCUAACAAAAAUAAACAAACUAGAAGAAUCCCAAGAAAGAUGUUGAAAAAGAUUAACACAAAGCUGAUAAAUAUUUUCAGAGAUCCCUCAGUGUCCUCCUCUGCACUGGAGUCUGCCUCUCGACGGUCAAUUGACAAUAUAAAUAUCCUGAAGAAUAGUUUGAUAGAGAAGCAGGAGAAGGCCAAGCCAAAGAGAGCUAAGAAGCCAAAAGAGACCUUUGAGGCUAUCAUGAAGCGUAUUAUGGAGAAAGGAAUCAAUAGCUCUGAGACUACCCCUAAAGACGACCUGUUCAAAGGAGACAACCUUAAGCUUUACAAGUUCUUCUUGAAUAAGCUCCUGAACCAGUCUAGUGAUACCUUCUUGUGCAAAAAGCAUCAUGCUUUUCUAGUCCAUCAGAAUAUGGUGAACAGCGGUCCUAAUUUUUAUGAAAGAAUGGGUCAUGAUAUCUCUACUAGAAAGAACAAAAAUCUACAGGCUAGUAUAACCCAAUUAAGGUCUCGUCAAAGCAAUUAGGCGCAUUACAAUCAUGCUGGAUAUUCGUUAACUUCUGUACUUGCUGAGGGCACAAUAGGCUUGGAAAUUCCUGGAUAACCUCCUAGAAAUCUCAAGGCUAGAUCCCUGGCAUC